AUGGCCGCCGAGAAGCCCGACCGUAAGGAGAAGAAGGACAAGAAGCGAUCCGUGUCCGACGGCGCCAUCAAGAAGGACAAGAAGGACAAGAAGGAUAAAAAGGAUAAGAAGGAGAAGCUCGAGCGCGCUCUCGACGAGCACCUCCAGGCCGACGUCGCCGCCACCGCAGUCGCCAGCGGCGAGAUCGCGUCAAAGACCCCCGCCGAUGGCCUCCCCGUCGUCGGCGCUCUCGUGCCCUUUGCCGUGCCGUUGGCCGACGAGAAGGCCAUGAAGAAGGUUAUGAAGUCCAUCCGCAAGGCCGCCAAGAACAACACCCUCAAGCGCGGCGUCAAGGAGGUCGUCAAGACCCUCCGCAAAUCCCCCGCCGCAGGCCCCGGAAACACGGCUUUCCCCGGCGUCGUCGUCAUCGCCGGCGACAUCUCCCCCAUGGACGUCAUCUCCCACCUCCCCGUCCUCUGCGAGGACCACAACGUGCCCUACAUCUUUGUCACCUCCCGCGCCGAGCUCGGUGCCGCCGCCAAGACGAAGCGCCCGACUUCGGUCGUCAUGGUCUCGGAGAAGCGCUCUGCCGCCGACGCCAAGAAGGCCGAGAAGAAGUCGUCUAGCGAGGCCAAGGGUGGUGACGAUGAGGAGGACGACGGCGAGGAUUACUCCGAAGUGUACGCUGCGCUCGUCAAGCUUGUGCAAAAGGAGACUGCCAAGCAGUCUUUCUGGGCAUAA